AGUCAUCAUCUGUCAGCGAUUUGGGUCCUAAAAUUUUUUGUGUUGUUAAAAUUAUGAAAUCAUACUGUCUAAAUCUUUUAAUUUUGUUUACGAUCUUUAAACUAUGCAUAAGUCGAAGAUAUGACAAUUUCACACUGUUCAGUGCCACACCUACAGAAGAAUAUCAUUUGAAUUUCUUACAAAAUUUGGUAUCAGAAAAAUAUAUAGAUGUUAUAUUCUGGAAGAAACCAUCUAAAUUGUACAACGAUGUACAUUUUAUAGUCAAUCCUAUGGACUUGGAAAUAUUCAGAGAGAGAACCCGUCAUUUUAAAUUGGAAACACAAGUGUUAUUACGAGAUGUACAAAGUGCGUUCGAUUCCCAAAACAUGAAAAAGUAUGUAACACCAAAAGUAGAUUCAUUCACUUGGGAGUACUAUCAUAGUUUAGAAGAUAUUUACCAAUGGAUAUCUGACAUAGCUGUCCAAAAUCCCGAGCGAGUCGAACUUCGUACUAUCGGACAGUCUGCUGAAGGCAGAGAUAUUCAAGCAGUUUUAAUUAAGAAAGAUAAGGGUAAAGCUAACGUGAUUGUUGAUGGAGGCAUACAUGGAAAUGAAUGGAUAUCCACCAUCUUUGUAACAUUUUUAAUAAAAAGUCUAGUAUAUGCUAAAGGCGAGGAUGAUAUAUUGUAUGACCUGGCGAAUAAAUACCACUGGUAUUUAAUACCGGUAGUAAAUCCUGAUGGUUUCGACUACAGUAUUAAAAAUGAUCGUCUAUGGCGCAAAAAUAGAAGAAUAUUCAGUGAGGGCGAAGGAGUUGAUUUAAAUCGAAACUUUGAACAUAAUUUUGGAAAAUACGGAACUAGUACCCAUGCGAAAGACGAUAACUAUGGUGGCACUGAACCUUUCUCGGAGCCAGAAUCCAAAGCUUUAGCCGGAUUUAUUACAAGUAAACGAGAUCGUUUGAAAUUCUACAUCUCGUUUCACUCAUAUGGACAAAAAAUUAUUAUACCCUACGACGAUAGAGUGCAACACGUUGAAAAUUUUUCGGAAAUGGAUAACUAUGCAAAGCAAGCCAUAUUGCGAAUGUAUAGAUUGAAUGGAGUAAAAUACAGCGUUGGCACAACAUAUGACACCUUAGGUUUACGUGCCUCUGGAAGUAGUACAACUUGGGUAAAGAAAAACUUUAAAACAAAGUAUGUGAUAACGUUUAUAUUACGUGACAAUGGGAGUUACGGGUACGCGCUACCCAACGACCAGAUAAAGCCGACCUGCGAGGAGGCCUUGCAAGGCCUUGUUGAGCUGAUGACAGCUCGUCCCAGACGUAUACGUUCUGAUUUGUUUAAUGCGGCCCAGAAACCUAAACUAGCAAUCAUGAUGUUAACAGUGAUUUAUUUUUUGAUAUGUUUUAUUGUGUUUUGUUUUUCUAGAAUAAUGUUAAUAGCAUUUCGUGUUGUCAUUGUUUAUUUUGUGACAAUAUUCCCAUUUGAUGAAUGUGCGCAGAAAAAAUACCACAACCACACUCUCUAUCGAGCAAUACCGAUGAGCGAAAAACAUCUAAAAUUCUUCAAAGAUCUGAACCAAUUUUAUGACGUAAACUAUUGGAGACCACCCGGUAAAAUCAGCAAAUCAGUAGAGUUUAUAAUAUCACCUGAAGACAAGCCUGCGUUUACGAAAGAUGCCGAACAUUUGGGCAUAUACUUGGUGACAAUCAUGGAUAACGUACAGAGGGCAUUUGAUGGACAAACCGUGCGAAGUUACGUUAGGAGAAAAAUGGAACAGUUUGAUUGGCGGAGUUAUUUCAAAACAAACGAUAUUUACAAAUGGUUGUUUGAUCUUGGGAAUGAAUAUCCUCAGGAGGUUUACUUAGAGAGUAUUGGAAAAACUUUGGAGAACCGAGAUAUUAUUGCAGUUAGAAUUCUUCUAGGCACCGGCAAAAGAAGACCUAAGGUGAUAGUUGAAGGUGGUAUACAUGCUCGGGAGUGGAUAUCACCGGCUUUCGUCACGUAUAUGAUGAAUCAAAUCCUCCACGCGCCAAAAUCAAAUAAUACAGUACUGAAGGAGAUCGCCUUUGCAUACGAAUGGUAUUUCGUGCCAAUCUUAAAUCCGGACGGCUACGAAAUAACUCAUACUUCAGAUCGUUUAUGGAGGAAAAAUGGUCGAGGCGUUGAUCUAAACAGAAAUUUUGGAAUCGCAUUUGGAACUGUCGGAGUCAGUUUUAGUUCAUGGGAUAAUUCAUAUUGUGGUGAUCAUGCAUUUUCUGAACGAGAAAGUUCUUCUAUGGCUUCUUUCGUGCGUUCCAAAAGCGAAGACUUGGAAUAUUAUCUUGCAUUUCAUUCAUAUGGCCAAUAUAUGAUUAUACCUUACACAUUCACGAGAAAACAUUUAGAAAAUUUCGAUGAAGUGUACACAAUGGGUAAGAAAGCAGCACUAAGGAUUGCUGAUAAGCAUGGUACCGGAUAUACUGUAGGAACGGCUUUCGAUACUGUCGGCUAUUUGACAUCGGGAGUUAGCGGAUGUUGGGUCAAGAAGACGUUUAAAGUCCCAUAUGUGAUGACAUUCGAGCUUCGAGAUGAAGGUUACUACGGUUUCGCACUCCCUCCGGCAGACAUUUUGCCGACAUGCGAGGAAACGAUGGACGGUGUUCUAUCCUUGCUUUCACCAACACAACGAAAAUUGUCGGGAACAAAGAGCGGCCAGGGCUACAACGUUUUGGAUAGAUUAGUCACAGCUUGGAAUAUAUUUUUAUUCAUAUUAGUACGUUACGGUUAGAUGUCUAUUGAAGACUAUAUAUUUUUGUAUUAUUCUCUACGCCUGUGUUUUGUAAAGUCCAUGUAUGCGUUAUUGCGAUUGUAUUAAAAAAUCUUACUUUGA